AUGGCAAGUCGAGAGAAGUCGGUGCUAAACGGAAGAGCUGACUUGUUCAGGCAGGAAAAGAACUAUUCUGAUAACAACAGUUUUUAUAACAUGAAUUUGAGCAUUCAUAAAGUAUUUAAUGCGAGGCAUAGUUUGCCAUACACAAUUAAUGAAGAAGUCAAACCUAUAUCGAAAAAAAGAAGAUGUACAAUAGCAUAUACAGGUGAUCAUAAAAGAAAUAUAAUAAACCAAAAAAAAAUUAAUUAUGAUUAUAUCAAUUAUAAUUUUAAUAAUUCAAUAACAAAGAGAAGGAAAUGUUCACCUACGUAUUGUAUAUCACCUUAUGUAAAAUAUUCUCCCCUUAAAAGUAGAAGCAAACUACAAAGGAGUAUCGAUGAGAGUAUAAAGAAGAGUGCUGCACUAAGAUGUAUUGUUAAUAAAAGUAUAAAAAAUAGGAAUAAUGUAAAUUAUGAACACAAUGAAAAAAAUUAUUUAGAAAGAAGUCAAGCCUAUUAUCUUAAUAAACACCCCGAUGGUGCAUGUAGUAGUACAGACAAUAUUAACGAUAUGAACAGUAUGAAAUUGUACAUGGAUAGAAAUUUAAGUGAAACUUAUAUACUAAGUAAUACUACACAGAGUGACAACUAUUUUAGGAAUAAAAAUAAAAAUGGCGAUAGCCUAAACACAUUAAGAGAAACCAUUCCCAUAUACAUAAAUUCAGCAUCAACUAUUUCUAGUUUUAAUAUUGAACGCGAAGGGGAACAUAAAUACGCCAAACUGGUGGUUGAUCUUCCUACCGGUAGAGAAGCAGGAAUGGAAGUAGGAAAGGAAGUUGGAAUAGAAGCAGAAGUAGAGGCAAAAAUGCAUUUCACCAGGGUGCCCAUGGCGCAUUUACAACAGAACAACAGAUAUGCUUAUAUGUCGAACUUACAUGAUAGUGAUAACAGGACAAGAAUGUCAAAAGGAGAGCAGUUAACUAAAGUAGUUUUGCAUAACCCCUUAAAGAGAAGACACAGUACUCAAAUUGCAAACGAAUAUGAUAAAUACAAUUAUUCCGAUUCUCACUAUUUCAAUAAAAGAUAUAAGGGUGAAGAUAAUAAGAAUUAUAAAAAUAGUACGCGUAGGCACAGUGAUACUAUUACAACGAACCCGGUCACUAACCUCUUUUUUAGUCAAAUUAGAGGAGAUAUAAAUAGAAAUACCUUCCAUUCUUCUCUACUACAAGAGUAUAAUAAAAACAAUCUACAAAAUGGUAAAGGUAGACAAAUGAAUCGUGAUAUGGAUCAGCAUGAUGCUAACAACCCCCCGUUUCAUCCUUCCUUUUUUAAAAACGCGGAGGAGUUUGAAAACGAUAAUAUUAAGAGGAAAGAGAAAAUAGAGCCGCUGAGUUCCAACGAAGAAGACGAUUCUGUUCUGAAGAACGAUGCCGAGUAUCUAUUUAGCAAAGGAUUUUUCAAUGAUAUAUAUUCGAAUAUACGAAGAAAAGGAGAAUUGAAUUUUAUAGAUGAGUUACUAGAAGCAGAUGAAGAGUAUUAUAUUAGUAAAAGCAAAUUAAACAAAAUAAUUGAAAAUGCAAAAAAUAAAGAAAUGAAAUAUCAUUAUAUAGAUAGAAUGUUUUUAUAUAGACAUGCCAAAAAUGUUAUAGAUGAUGAGGAUUAUGAAAAGUAUAAGAAUAAAUGUAGGUUAGAACACAAAUAUCUAGAUGUACCCUUCCCUAAUUUAACAGAGAUAAUGAAUCUACAACCCAUAAGUAAUUCAGACGAAAUAGAUGAUAAUGAUGAAUUUUAUGAUGCCGAAGUGAAACUGCUUGAAAAAUAUUAUUAUAAAUCUAAUAAGGAAAGAAAAGAACAAUCAAAAAAUACAAUGAAUAGUAAUAAAGAUAUAGAAAAUAAAAUUGUGUUGGUGCAAAAUAAAAAUAAACCAUUUGAAGAUAAGGAGGUAACUGAAGAUUUAGAUGUUAUAGAAAAAAGAGAAAAAUUAAUGUGUCUAAUGAACAAAAUGAAAAUGGAAAAAGAUUCUUUUUAUGAAAAGAUAUUAGAUACACCUGAUUUUUCAAAAUUACUUGAACCCGUAUUUUCCGUAAAUGAAUGUUUCUUACUUUCUCAUCAAUUGUUUAAUGUACAAUAUGCUGCUCAACUAGGGCCUGUUGUUUAUCUUAUAAAGACAGAAGAUGAAAAUUAUGUAUACAGAGCUAUAGAAGUAAGCAGACUAUUUGAAGAAAAAGUGAAGUCUAUUCUAGAUAAUCAAAAAAUUAAUUUAGGUUCAAAGGAUAGAAAUGACUGUUUCGAAUGUUUUUCCAAUGAAAAAUUCCCAUUUUUACAUGAACUAGAUGUCAAAUAUUAUCUUCGUAUACCUAUGAGCACAGGAUGGAAUCAUUUUGGCUAUUUAAAGAAUCAAAAUAAUGUUCUUUUUUUUAGAAGACCCAAAAAUGGUUGA